AUGGCCACGACGGCCUCCGCCCCCGGUCCGGCAUCAUAUGCCGACUGCGUCUCAUCGUUGCGCAGCUCCCUCAGGUUUCUUGAAUCGUCGGUAGAGACGCUGGAUGGCGGUGUAUCCGACUUUCCACGACUCAUCAAGGUUUUGAAGACUGUCAGACACUACGAACUUAUUCCACAAACAACGCUUGCUACUGCUGAAGCCUCACUCCGAGACGAGAUCGGACCGUACAUUGCACUCUUACUUUCUCGAGCUGACGCACAAAUUGAACGACAAGAACGACGAAUUGAAACUCUCAAGGCUCGAGCAGAACUUCAACAGGGCCGUCUUUCCCGACCCGAAGACGGCGAUAAAAAGACGGCGGCCAAGGGUCGCAAAUUGACCGGGGAAGACAAGCUAAGAGCACGCAUUGUUCGCCAACGCAAAGAAGCGCUCCGCUAUGGAGUGGAACGGCUAGAACUUGAGGUUCUACAAAAAGAACGGGAAUUGCGGAAGCGACUUGACACAUAA